AUGUGUUAGAUCCUCCGGGAAGAGAUUUUGUUGUUUCAUCAGUCAGAGUUAGAUUACAUUAUGGGAGGGCAUAAUCCAAGUAUCGAAAUUGAGAAGUAUGAUUGGUCAAAGACAAAUGUUGCCAUGUUUGUCGAUAUCAUUUAUGAAAAAGUGAAGCACAAUAAGUUACAAACAUCUACCUUCACUAAUACGGUUUGGGAGGAGAUCAACAAAGAAUUAUAUCAGGUUACGAACAAGAAUUAUGGUGUAGAAAGGCUCAAAGGUAAAUGGAAUCGUCUACGCACAAGACAACGUCUUUUUGCAGCAUUGCUUGCGCAUACUGGUGUGACAAUGGAUCCUGACACCAAUAAAGUGAAUGCUCCAGAGGAAGUGUGGGCAGAAUUUUAUCUGAAAAAUAAAAAGGAGUAUAAGUCAAUACGAAAGGAAGGAUGUGAUCAUUUUCACAUUCUUAGUGAAAUUUUCGGCGGGACAACUGCAACUGGUGAUAUGCAUAGAGCUUCUACUCAAUUACCUCCCACAUCUGAUGAAGAGAGAGAGCUCGAAGAAGCAUUCAUUAACAGAGGUGUCAGCUCAUAUGUUGAAGUUGUCGAUGACGAGAAUGAGGACGUUGGAGGGGAACCUAACAAUCGCCGACGUCGUAGUACAGAAUCAACUGAGAGUCAUCGACGUAAAGAUCCUAAGCGUUCAAAAACUGAAAAAUAUGAUGCUUAUAUGGACAAGUGGAGUGAUACCUUGCAACACCUGAGUCAAGAAUCUAUUGCUAGGCAAAAAUACCUGGAUUUGAGGGCUACUAAGUUAGAACGCGAACAAGAAAUUUCUUCCUCUACUGGAACGAGCGGGUUCAGUGAUCCUUACUCUAUAGAUAUGUGCAUGCAGGUUUUAAAUCAGAUGGAUGACUUAUCAAACCAAGUGUACACAAAAGCUACAGAAGCUUUCGGUAAACCUUGGCUACGAGAGGUUUUCAUGAAAAUUCCAUCAAAUAGGAGAGCUGGAUGGUUGGAUUGCCUCAAUCUCGACCGUGUGUAGGGUCAUAUGUUGACAAGUUCAUGGGGAUUGCUUUUAUUA